ACCACUACCAGGCAAUGUAACACCUUGUCUGGUAGUGACAGUCGACUUUUCCUGACUCACAGGGAGCAAACUUCUCUCUCUCUUUCCAGCACUUUCUGGUUUCUUCUCCCUGACAAUUCGUUCUGCUGACUGACAACAUCCACUCGGACCCUGCAGAGGAAACUUCUCCGCCUCUCUUCACUUCUUACCCUCUUCCCUCGCUCUGCUCUGAUCUCGUACACGUUAGGGAGAGGUGGUCGCUGGUUGUCGGGCGUUUUUAUUUUUUCUGGCUUGGGUGCGUGUAUGUGUGUGUUUGAGUGAGUCAGUAUGCCAUGUCGUCCCCCGGCUCGUCGUUUGUGCAGAUAAAGCAUGAGGAUUUGCUCUUCUACGAGAACUGCGGAGGAGGAAGCUUCGGGAGCGUCUACAGAGCCCUCUGGAUAUCCCAAGACAAGGAAGUGGCUGUGAAGAAACUCUUGAAGAUCGACAAAGAGGCUGAGAUUCUCAGUGUACUGAGUCAUAAGAACAUCAUUCAGUUUUAUGGAGCCGUGCUGGAAUCUCCCAACUAUGGCAUUGUCACAGAAUAUGCUAGUGGAGGGUCUCUGUAUGAGUACCUUUCCAGCGAGCAGAGUGAGGAGAUGGACAUGGAACAGAUUAUGACGUGGGCCAUACAGAUAGCCAAAGGGAUGCAUUACCUCCAUGCAGAAGCUCCUGUCAAAGUGAUUCACAGAGACCUCAAGUCACGAAAUGUGGUAAUGACAGCAGAUAAAGUGCUGAAGAUUUGUGACUUUGGAGCAUCUAAGUUUCUGUCCCACACCACCCACAUGACGGUGGUGGGCACUUUCCCCUGGAUGGCUCCUGAAGUCAUUCAGAGUCUGCCUGUCUCUGAGACCUGCGACACCUACUCCUACGGCGUGGUGCUAUGGGAGAUGCUGACUCGGGAGGUUCCUUUCAAAGGUUUCGAGGGUCUACAGGUUGCGUGGCUGGUGGUGGAAAAACAAGAGAGACUGACCAUCCCCACCAGCUGUCCAGCAAGUUUUGCAGAACUGAUGAGGAAAUGUUGGCAAGCAGAUCCAAAGGAGCGUCCACAUUUUAAGCAGGUGCUGGUAACCCUGGAGACCAUGGCUAAUGACAGCAGGCUACCGGACCAGUGUAACUCCUUCCUACAUAACAAGGACCAGUGGAGGUGUGAAAUUGAGUCGACCCUGGAGCGCCUCCGGAAGCUAGAGAGGGAGCUUUACUCCAAAGAGAAGGAGCUGGAGGAGAGGGAGAGGAGGCUCAGGCUGUGGGAGGAGAGGCUGAUGGAGAGGUCCAACAUGACUCCCAGUCCCACCUCCCUACUCAUGGAGCGCUCGAACAUCUCACCAUUCUUCACGCCAAUGUCCAUCGGCUCCUCCGGCUCUUUCUUCCGCUCGCACUCUCAGGACUCCAACAGUGCAGGGGUCAGCAGCGCCGGUGUCAGCUGCCUCCUCCGCACACUCAGCAACGGCGACACCGAGAGGGGGAGCAGCGCGGUGCUGGAGAGGGGGGUGGGCUCGCUCGACGGCGGGAGGCUGCACGCCAUGCUCCGAGGGUUGCAGGGGAGGUUCGGAGAGGAGGAGGAGGAGGCGGAGGAAGGAACCGUGGAGGAGAAAAGCUGGGGGCAGCAAGGCAAAGACAACAGCGGGAGUCUGGAGGGUGGACGGGUGCAGGUGACGCUCAGGAGCUUCCCGGGCGGCGUAGUGGAGAGGGAGGAGAGGACGUGGGAGGAGGGGGACAGGGAGAGAGGGGGGAUGCAGAGGAGCAGGGUGACCACCAUAGUCAGAGGGUACUCGGGUGGGUUUGGAGAGGCAGAGGGGGAGAGGGAGAAGGAGGGAGGGUGGGAGAUAGAAAAAGUCGGGGACAGGCUGGAGGAGAGAGGGAUGGAGGGAGCUACUAUGCCUGCUAUGUUCAAGGGUCUUCACGGCAGCAUGGGGGGGUUGGGGGACAUGCUGUCUUUAGACAUGGAUGAGAUGGGGGAGAUGGACAGACUAGGUGACAUGGACAUGAACAUGAACAUGGGCGACCUGGGAAUGAUGAAGGUGGUGGGCCACGGUGUCAGGAGCGAGCUGGGGGUCAGGGGUCGCAGGAGUGACAUGGGGGUUGUAGUCCAGGGAGUGAGAGGCGACGUCAGUGAAGCCAUCAGCCAAAAGAUUAGAGGCGAGAUGGGGGUCAUCGGUCACUCUGGGGUGCAGGUGAGCAUGCGGUCGUCGUCCAAUCAGAACUCUGUGAAGAGCUGCAGCGUGAGACACGGAACCAAGAUCAACAUGGCGACAGCGGCCAUGGACAUGAUGGAGCUCGACUGGUCUGACAGCGACUAGAAAACACACGUUAGCAGACACACGCACAGAAAACACACCUAAAGACACAGAGGCCAAACUAGAAAGAUUUUGACUUGUUAGCACAUACAGUAUCCGAGCUAUAGUAUGUGCUUUACAAGCUCCGGUUCAAACAGCUGGUAUACACACAUUUCUUUUGUUAUUUUUUUUAAUUGAAUGGAUGAUUACUACACCCAUGUGUACUGUGAAGCAGGAAGGAGCAAAAAAAAAGACAAUUAGAAGUUGUCUGGUCAUGUUGUCAGAAUGACUUCACCUGUGUAAUUUAAUGUGCUAUUAAAACUGCUGCAUAACAUACUGUAAGAGGUACAAGUGUUACAAAAUAACACACUUGAAUGGCGCUCUAAUGAAGCAGCACUGUCUAUCGUUUUCCCCCUGCUUACAGAGCAUCUUGUAGUUUGUAGAUUUGAUUUGUUGAAAACAUGCUUUGACUUUAUCAGCUCUAACUGUGAUCUAGUGUGUGAAUUUUUGGCAUUUCUUUCUGUAUAUUUUAUCAUUUUUCAAUAAAAAAGAAAUCCGAUUUCA